AUGGAGCCGGCCGCAGCGCCGCCUAUCUGUAUCGACGUCAACGCCAUUCUUAGGAACUUUAAUGACUGGACAGUCUUCUUGGAAGUUCGGGUAAUAAUAUUGAUUCAAACAAAAGCUCGCUAACACUUUGAAGCUCAAAACAUGAAACAAGGAGCAAAUUUGUUGAAAACAUGGCAUAUACUGAGUCUAUGGAAUUAAUAAAAAAUCGUUUGGAAGUUCUUAUCAAACCAGAGAAAAAAAUAACAAGACGAUACUCGUUUUUGCAUGUAUUUUGAGCCUUUCUAUGUGCGAACAUAAAUUUUUAAACCUUUCUGAAUGGACUGGAUUAUAACUUAUCAUUCUCCAGGUAGCCUAUUCGACCAUCUACGCGUUAAUUUUCAUCAUCGGAGUCAUUGGAAACGGCCUUCUGAUCAGCUCGAUCAUUCUCCGCAAAAGAUUUACCGUCGCCAAUUUUUUUCUUAUAAACCUCGCAGUUUCAGAUUUAGUGAGGCCGAAAUAGUUUAAAAAAAGGAAUGUAGACAGUUUUCAGUUGCUUUGCAUCACGGCGGUGCCAAUAACGCCGGUUUUGGCCUUCAUGAAACGCUGGGUUUUCGGCACGAUUCUCUGCAAAUUUGUACCCGCCUGCCAGGCUAUUUCAGGUGAAGCUGGAUGUUCUUUAAAAAUAAGUAUCAAGGCGUUUUGAAGUGCUCAUUUCUUCGUGGUGCCUUUGUUAUAUUGCGAUGGACCGCUACCGGAGUAUAGUGACGCCUUUGCACGAGCCCUGGUCUCUGCCUUUCGCACAGGUGUUCUGGAAGAAUGGGAGUUGCUCAAACUGCUGUUUUCAGUUGGUUCUUCUCUGUACCUGGGGUGUAGCAAUCUUCGCCUCAUCCCCUCUGUAUUUUUCGCAAUCCCUCAAAACGAUGGUCAUUGAGAAUGUCACUUUGUGUGGAGAUGUUGGUUUUUUUUUUACCAGUCUUUCCGAAAUUUCUGGCUGGAUCGUUAAGACAUAAAACUUUGCUGCAAGGCGAUCCUUUUUGAAUCCACGAGAUGCUUUUGCAUCAAAUCUUCGAUUUCAAGUUCAAAAAAAGAUGAAAUUACCAGUAUCUUUCUUAUGUCACAAAAGAAGUGAGGCGUUGUCGCUGUAUUUAGCUUGUAAAGAAGAAAAAACUUUUUGAAAGACUAUUUUCGGCGAUGUUUCAGAAGCUAUUUUUCAGACUGAAAAAAUAAAAUGAAUGCUUUAUACAGUAUAUAUUCCAGUUCUGCGGAGAGUUCAACUGGCACCUCGGCGAACAGGCGAAACUCGCCUACGGAGUCGUUCUGCUCAUCAUCCAGUUCGUGAUUCCGGCGGUGAUAAUGUCGUUCUGCUACUGGAAGAUUCUCCAGAAGGUCUAAUUUGAAUGACCAUGAGCGCUGCUCACGUCCGGCCAUAUCGUGCUCAGGCUCAUUCCAUCCUGUCCUCCUAAUUAUCCAAUCCUACCACAUAGAUCCGAGCCAAUUCAAAGACUAGAAAACAUGAUUACGAAAAUAAGUUUUGUUUUGGUAUUUCAAAAAAGGCAUUUAGUUUCGAAUAUAUAUCGUAAAAUUAAGAAGAUUUUUUGAGGUGAGAACAGAUUGGAUCGUCGAAGAAGGGUCGAUGCUCACGGCAGCUCAACAAGUUCGUGUUUCUCCAACCUUGAAGAGAAAAAGAAUAAUUCAUUCGCAGGCUCAGACUUCCGUCAGGAAACGGCGGGUCAUGUACGUUUUGAUCCUGAUGGUGGUGGUGUUCAUGGCUUGUUGGCUGCCCCUGUCAACCGUGAACCUCAUCAAAGACCUUGGAAUCAGAAUUGUGAGCUCUUCAAUUUCAUCCUUCUGAUGAUUAAAACUUCUAAGAUAAUGGAGCAAAUGUACUUCAAGCUGUUGAAUGUGCACGCUAUCGCCAUGACUUCUGUCGUCUGGAAUCCACUUCUCUACUUCUGGAUGAGCAAGGUUUUCCAAGUACAUUUGAUUCCUUUUUUAUUAACUAUAGUAUCGAAUCUUUUUCGAAAGUUUGAAUAAAUAAGAAUUAUAUCAAAGCCCUCCAAAUCUUCGAGAAUGUAAAACGUCAUGAUCGAUUUUUAGAAGGAAUAAUUUAUUUAGCAGACAUUUAGAAUGACGAAAAAGAGUUCACAUAUCUUCCUUCAUACUUUAAAUAUAUAGUUUAUUCACUGCCGUUAUUUAACAGAAAAAAAAAAUAAUAAUUGAAGAAUAAAUGAUCAAGUGAAGGAUAGGCAGAGAAAUAACAAUACGCGGGAAAGAGUCAACCUUAACGAGUGGACGGGUACCCGGAAAUAAGACACAUUCAAAGGAGACGAGAGGGGAUAUUUUCAUGAAAAUACUUGUUUGAUAACUCACUGCAAGGAGAAAGAACACAAGUUAAGGUAAAAAGGGAGAAAUUUUGUCAGAAACAAGUUACGCUCAUUUUCGAAUUCAAGGAUAUCCAAUCAGACGCUCUAAAAAUUAAUUUCUUAUGUGAAACUUUAUUUUCCAUUAUCCAUCCGACUUAAAUAGCGCCUGUAUGAUAUCUGAGUGUUUCUCUUGGUACUUUGGAAUCUACAGAGGCACCGGAGAGCUUUGAAAGACGACAUGACCUGGCUGACGAACGCCCGAAGACACACAAACGUCGGAGUUUUGUCGCGUUUCACGCCUUCGCCUUCAGUUUCUGUCGUCUACCGAAGGACCUUGGAACGUCAUCUCGGAGUGAACGCCUUCAGGUUGACUUCUGCUUACCAGAUCGACCUUUUUCUUUGCAUCGAUUCACGAUAAACUGCGUCCGCAAGACGUUUCCUGAGUCUCGGAGAAGUCGGAAAGUGCCACGCCGCAUUAGUCUCGGUUGCCGCCGCAGGCAUCAUGUAACACACCGUCGAAAAUCAAAUCAAACGCGCGAAAGCCGGCAAACGAAGCUCUCGCAGAGCCUUCCGGUCGAGACCAACUGCCGAUAGAGGGACUACCAAAAUGAGCACGGAUUCAGAAGAGGAACGCUGGCGGACCCGACGUGCACCUCGAGGGAGCGCGGAAUGCAGCGCGAGUUGCAGUCCAACUGUUUUCUUCUGGUUCCCCUGAUGCCGUUGUGUCAGACUGUCACGCGAAAGAACAGCCAUUUGGCCAUCAACAAGGACAGGUACGAUCAUGGUAUUUUUUUAUUUUUAUUUUUUUAAAUGAAAAUUGUUGUAUUUUUUUAUUCAUAAAUCUUCUUCAAUUUCUUGUGCGAUCAAAAGCUCCUGUGGUAGGAGUAAAGGAAAAGAAAACCUCAAAAAUAAAACUUUAAAAGUCACACGGAAUGUGUAAAAGUUCAGUGAUUUUUGUGCUAUUAUUAAUCGGAACUAGAACUUUAAAUUAAGUAUUAUGCUGUCGUCGCAGACGAGCCGACGGCCCAGCAACAACAACACGACGUCGACAAAGGACUGGUGA